CGCCGCUAGCUCGACUCUGGUGUACUUUUCGUUUCGCAGGGAGGAGUCAGACAUUAGUUUCUUUAUUAAAGUGACAUGUUUAUUGAAUUAUCAUUAAAAUUACAACAUGUAUGUCUGCGUUUAUCCAUAAUGUAGUCGAUGCAUGCUGUGGACGUUAAGCUAUCGAUCAGUUAGCAGCUCGUUUUCGGUUAAAGAUCGAAGGAAACAAGAAGGCGGAACAAUUUACAUAGGGCCACAGAAUCCCAGACUGAGUCCAAAUAAAUACCAAAGGACAGUCCAUAGCAAAAACUCUGGACUGGUUGUUUGCACAACCUUUUGACUGAUUCCAUUUCAAGAGUAAAUAAUUCACCAGAAGCGUUCAAACAAAUCACCCACCGCCACCAUAUGCGACCAUGUCCAUGGCCCUGAAACAAGUCUUCAACAAAGACAGGACAUUCCGGCCCAAGCGCAAGUUUGAGCCCGGGACACAACGCUUCGAGCUGCACAAGAAGGCCCAGGCAUCUCUGAACGCAGGCCUGGACCUGAAGCAGGCUGUGCAGCUGCCCCAUGGCGAGGACCUCAACGACUGGGUGGCCGUCCACGUGGUCGACUUCUUCAACCGCAUCAACCUCAUCUAUGGCACCAUAAGUGACUCGUGCACCGAUCAGACCUGCCCCGUCAUGUCCGGUGGGCCCAAGUACGAAUACCGCUGGCAAGACGAGCACAAGUACAAGAGGCCGACCGCCUUGUCAGCCCCUAAAUACAUGAGCCUGCUCAUGGAUUGGAUUGAGGUACAAAUCAACAAUGAGAACAUCUUCCCCACUAAUGUCGGUACUCCCUUCCCUAAGACCUUUAUGCAGGUGGCUAAGAAGAUUUUGUCUCGUCUGUUCCGGGUGUUUGUCCACGUCUACAUCCACCACUUUGACCGUGUGAGCCAGAUGGGGGCCGAGGCUCACGUCAACACCUGCUACAAGCAUUUCUAUUACUUUGUCACUGAGUUCAACCUGACGGACCACAAAGAGCUGGAGCCUCUGAAAGAGAUGACCUCUCGGAUGUGCCACUGAGGGACACACCGGACCAAACACAUCCGUCCAUCUCCAAGACUGCAUCGGACAACAGAAAGAGCAAAUUCAGAGUCUAUUUUUAUAUUUAAGUACUGUAAUCUAUUUUAGCCGCAUACUGUAGGUUUUAACCAAGAACCUUAUCAUGUGAGGCGUUCUGCUCCUUUUUAAAAGUUUUCAGACAUUUUAUCAGAGCACAGUAUUAAGAGGUGUAUGUUUGUGUUGAUGUUUUCUAUUUUAUUUGAAUCUCAAUCAUUCCAGAAUUCUUCAAUCUUUCUAUCAGUUUAAGAUGAUCUAAAAUUAGUACGAUUUCUUACUGUACGUCUAUAAAAUCUCUAUGUUGUUACAAUAAAGUGAUUCCCUGUUACAAUUUGAA